AUGGCUGCAGUUCAACAGAUUUAUUCAGGGAGCGAACUCGAUGCCUUGUUCCCCUCCCCAUCUUCCCCGCCGAACGUGCUUUCCCCUCCGCGGUAUCCUGGUGUUUCCCCAGAAGCAGUCGUAGCUUUGGCAUAUGUCUUGAAGGAAAACUAUACAAAGUACCACAUUUUCUUCAACUACAAGCGGUUCCAUAACCACAUUACUCAUCGCGCGCUAGCACUUUUUGUCACAGGCGCGAGUGGAUCUCUGAUCGAAGAGUUCUACAAACAAGACAGCACCUACCAGCGCCCAGCCGUUGAGUCUCCCGAGGCUGUCACAGAAGAGAACUUUAUCGAACAUUUAGAGCCAGUUCGGCAACGAGAUGUUGACCGAGGUUUGGCAAAUGUCAGGUGA